AUGGUUGAUGCCAUACCGAUCUCCACUCCAUCUACACCAGGGUCUCGUCUUGUCCGUGAUGGCGAUCAUCUCCUUGAUCCUCCCCUAUAUCGCCGCAUUGUUGGGGUUCUUCAAUAUGCCACUAUUACCCGCCCCAAAAUUUAUUAUGUUGUCAAUCGGGUGUGUCAAUUUAUGCAUCACCCAUUUACCACCCAUUGGGCUGCCGUUAAGCGUAUUCUUCGAUACCUUAAAGGCACCCUUCACCAUGGUCUUUACUUUCACUCAUCCACAGACUCCGGCCUAGUUGCUUUCUCUAAUGCUGGAUGGAUUUCUGACCCAGAUGAUAGUCGUUCUCAACAUGGUUUUGCUCUUUACUAUGGUGGUAAUUUACAACUCUUACAUGAGUUGCAUGCUCCUCUUAACCAACCUCCAAUUCUACUCUGCGACAACUUAAGUGCUACCUUUAUCUCUGCCAAUCUUGUCAUUCAUCAACGGUCGAAGCACAUUAAACUUGAUUAUCAUUUUGUACGGGAGAAAGUCGAUGAUAAUUUACUUGUUGUUCGCUUUGUUAGUUCUCAAAAUCAAAUAGCAGAUAUUUUUACAAAAGCUCUCGGAACGGCUAGAUUCAACCUGCUAAAAUCCAAGCUACUUGUUCGACCCUCACCAUCCGCUUGCCGGGGGGCAAACAAUCAUCGGCAGGAGAACAAUAUCAUAGAUCUCUACGUUCUGCUUCUCAGAUAUGCAGGUAUUUUAUCAGAAACUAUACCUUUCCACCGAGACUACAUUACUUCAACUGAUACAGAAAAGAGACCUUACAAAAAGAAAUUACUGGAUGUCGUUGGUGAGCUGGAGUCCUUAAGACCAGAAGUUGAACAUGCAUUGAAGGAACAGAAUCGACUAAGCAAUUUGAGAAAAGCGCAAGAUGUUUCACAGGCAUCAUCGUCUAGACAGACGCCUGUUAGUAGAAUGGCUUCCUUAUGGCCAGAUAAUAAGCAGGCAAGGCAUUCAAGACUAACUCUCAAUAUCCGUCGCCCUGUUAUCCCUGAAACUGUACCUUCAGCACCACCAAUUGACAAUUUGGUCAUAGAUGAUAAUGCACCCGUGCCAUCUGAUUUAGACGAAUCUAGUUUUGUGGAUUCAUCUUCCUCAACAACAGAGAAGUUAUCGAAAAGACACGACGGAGGGAGUACUAAUACUGCUUCAUCAUGUAUUAUAUGCUUUGAAGCUGCAAUUGAAGGGGCUUGUGUACCAUGUGGCCAUAUGGCUGGGUGCAUGUCUUGUUUGAAUGAGAUUAAAGCUAAAAGCUGGGGUUGCCCUGUUUGCCGUACCAAAAUAGAGCUGGUGUUACGUCUAUAUGCUGUUUAACAAUUGAAUAUCUUGGGUGUAAAUGUUUUCAGAAUUUCCAUUUCUCUACUUUGCUGUUGUCUGUAAAUUAUAAAACAAAACACA